AUGUCGUCCGGAAGGUACAUGGCUUACUCACCAUCUCCGUCCGCGCCUCACUCUCCCCACAUCGGCGCCGCCGCGGCCGCCGGGGGAGGUAUCCGAGCCGCUUCUGCUCUGGUCGAGCAAGAAAAGUAUCUGGCGGAGCUGCUGGCAGAACGCAUCAAGCUUAAUCCCUUUAUGGCUGUACUUCCAAAUUGCUACAGGUUGAUAAAUCAGGAAAUAUUGCGUGUAACUACACUGUUGGGGAAUGCAUCAGUUUUAGAACAAAGUGGGCUUGAACAUGCGAGCCCCCUGGCUUCAGGAGGAAUAUAUUCAAAUGGAGGAGCUAACAUGAACAGAUGGGCAUCACCGUUUCAAUCAGAAAUGUCAGGUCUGAUGCGAACCUCCUCUGGGCCAAACUGGCUUGCUUCCCAAGAUAGUUCGUCAGGUCUCAUAGUCAAGAGAACAAUCAGGGUCGACAUUCCCGUUGAUCAAUAUCCGAACUUCAAUUUUGUUGGUCGACUCCUUGGUCCAAGAGGAAAUUCACUGAAGCGCGUGGAAGCAACUACAGACUGUCGUGUUCUAAUCAGAGGACGCGGCAGUAUAAAGGAUCCAGUUAGGGAGGAAAUGAUGAGAGGAAAACCAGGAUACGAGCACCUUAACGAGCCCCUUCAUAUACUUGUUGAGGCCGAGCUACCUGUCGAGAUAAUCGAUGCUCGUCUCAUGCAGGCGCGUGAGAUACUCGAAGAUUUACUUAAGCCAGUGGAUGAAUCGCAAGAUUUUUACAAAAAACAGCAGCUGCGUGAACUGGCUAUGCUCAACGGCACACUCAGGGAUGAAAGCAGCUCCCAAAUGUCGGCUGGUUCUGUUUCCCCCUUCCACAACAGCCUUGGGAUGAAGAGAGCAAAAACCCAGGGGUAA